AAUCGUGUUCCUAAAGUGACAGUCCGCGGCCCGACGGUUCAGUUCGUGGUAAUAAAGGGGCUCAGGAGGAUCUGUGCGUGUGUUCGGGAAAAGUGCAGUGCAUAGUGCUUUUUUUUAUGUUGUAAGUUGGUAAAAAGUGCAAUAGGUGCAACAUGGCGGGAAGAAUGGCAGGUCAGACUAUUAACGACAGGCUGCUGGCGGCCAAGCACAGUCUCGCCGGUCAGGGAUUAGCGAAGUCCGUUUGCAAAGCCACAACAGAGGAGAUGAUUGGCCCCAAAAAGAAACACUUGGACUAUUUAAUACACUGCACAAAUGAACCAAAUGUAUCCAUACCACAACUAGCGAACCUACUCAUCGAAAGAUCACAAAACACAAAUUGGGUCGUCGUGUAUAAAGCCCUCAUCACAGUUCAUCACAUGAUGUGUUACGGAAACGAACGUUUCACACAAUAUUUAGCGUCGAGCAACAGCACGUUUCAACUAAGCAAUUUUCUUGAUAAGAGUGGCGUUCAAGGAAUACUGAAUGUUAGGACUGGUUACGACAUGUCGCCGUUUAUUAGACGUUAUUCCAGAUAUUUAAAUGAGAAGGCGUUGUCUUACAGAACUGUAGCCUUCGACUUUUGUAAAGUGAAAAGGGGGAAGGAAGACGGCAUGUUGAGAACAAUGAACGCCGAUAAACUUUUGAAAACUUUACCCGUGUUACAGAACCAAUUAGAUGCUCUUUUAGAAUUCGAUUGUUCUGCCAAUGACCUUACCAAUGGCGUUAUUAAUAUGUGUUUUAUGUUACUUUUCAAGGAUCUUAUAAGACUUUUUGCAUGCUACAAUGAUGGUAUUAUUAAUUUAUUAGAAAAAUUCUUCGAUAUGAAUAAAAAACAGUGCAAAGAAGCCUUGGAUAUUUACAAAAAGUUCCUCAUUAGGAUGGAUAAAGUGGCUGAAUUUUUAAAGGUUGCCGAAAACGUCGGCAUCGAUAAAGGUGACAUUCCUGACCUCACGAAAGCACCUAGUAGUCUACUAGAUGCCCUAGAGCAACAUCUGAAUCAUCUAGAUGGGAAGAAGAGUUCCCAAGCGAGUUCAACUCAAUCCACAAGCAAUCAAAAGAACGUCAAAUCCGGCGUCACAGCUCUAUCCUCCACGAGCAACGCCUUCGGAAACGUGGUAGCCAACGGCCGCUUCGACACCCCGUCAAACGGCAUCGACGAAAGCCUCAAACUUCAAGUUCUCGCCGAGGAAGAAGCCGCCAUGAACCAAUUCAAGUCCAAAGUCGGCACGAAUCCGGCUUCCGUCAACCCAUUCUUAAGCAAUUCGUCAUCUUCGUCAAGCAAAACGACGUCGAUACAGUCGGCAUCCGAAAUUGAUUUGUUCGCUGCCGAGCCCAUCGUGGCUGCUCCCGUUAAAGCCUCCGAUGAUUUGUUGCAGUUAUCGAAUCCUUUCGCAGAUGCUUUUAAUCAGCCUCAACCGGUGAACACGACGCCGUUCAUGCAACCUAAUAAUAUAUGGAUGGCCAACGGAAACGCUUUUUCAGCGCAGCCCCCGAGCCCUGUUGUCUCGAACGGGGCUUUCGUGUCGGAGAACAAUUUCGCGUCCGUUUUUGGCAACGCGGAAACGAAAAGUGCGGGCUUCGAUGCCCUGGGCGGGGUCCUACAACCAGUAUCAGCAGGGCAAACCAACUCAACGUCCCCUAAUAACAAUAAUAACAACAAUAAUACCAACAACAAUACUUUGAAUCAACAGACCGGUUCGCCAUUACUAACUGGUGAUUUGGAGUCUAGUCUAGCGUCGCUAGCAGAGAAUCUCACUAUUAACAGUCGAACCGCUCCCAUGAAGCAAUGGAAUUCCCCUAAAAACGGAUCUAAAGCUAAUAAUUGGACUCCACAACCAAUGUCAGCUACCACCGGUGCCGGAUAUAAACCUAUGAAUCAGUCAAUGUCAAGUCCACCACUGAGCAUGCAAACGACUCUACAGCCUCAGAUGUACCCUCAACUGCCACAAAUGAUGGGAAUGCGUCCUUUAGUUGCAACCCCAGCGAUGAUUCCUCAAAUGAGCCCAUUGGGCGUCGUACCAAAUCCGUCAAGCCAGAUGGGCCAACAGUCGCUGCUGUUCCACUAAAUGCCAUCAUUGUUGUAAAUAAAUUUAAAGUGUUACAAUCAAGGGUACAAUAAUAGUUAUAAUUAUGUACAUAUCCAAUAUUACAAAAUGUGAUGAUUUUCAUAUCUAUAAAUUUUUUAUAACGGCUUCUGUAGUGGUUUUAAAAAUGUUUUCUUUAUAUCUUUGUUUGUUAUCAAUAUUUAUAUUAUUAAAUUAUUAUUAGUCUAUACCUAAAAAAAAAAUCAAUAAAUUUGUGUCAAUUUGUCCGAACUAUUGUGAAUUUAGUUGAAGUUACGUGUUAUUUUCUAAAAAUUCUAAAGUUGUUGUAGGUCUCUUGAUGUUGACGACAGGACGCAAAAACCAUUUAGAGUAAAUAGCGCAUUUAGUGUAGAAAAGAUAAAUAUCAAAAUCGUGUAAUGAUAGAUAUUUUGAUAGGAUGCGAGACUCAUGGGUACUUAUGUUCAAUUUUAUAUUGUAGUAGAAUUCCAAAGUGCGUACCUAUGAAGCGUUCAGUUCCGCCCAUGUUGCGCUAGUUAUCGUAUACGGGAAUUUAAAGAGACAAUAAAACAUCUCCAUUGUUGGUAAGCUGAACAUCUAACUUUGGAUUUUAAAAUGACUGUAUAUUUUUAAGUAAACGUUUAAAAAAUUGCCAUGUAAUUUUUACGGAUAACUAUUGUAUUUUGCACAAAUCUUCAGCACUUUGAGUAUACACCGUUUCUUUCAAAAUGUUUUAAAAGAUGAGGAUUUGUUGUUACAAUUGUGUAUAUAAGAUUUCCAGUUUAUGUACUCACAAAUACAAUGUAUUUCACAAAGUACUCUAUAUUUACUUAUUAGUGUAUCUAUUGCCUCUUCUGUAUACUACACAUUCUUUGUUAACUUUAAUGUGUAAUAAACUGUAUUGUGUAACAAUAGUUCUAAACUGUG